AUGUGGGUGCAAACUCUCGUGCAGCAGAAGCGUCUGGCCAUGCUGGUGAUGGACGAGGUUCACACAAUGCUCGUGGACUCUAGCUAUAGAGACAAUCUUGUUCGCUGCCCAGGCCGGCUGAACCAUCUUCGCCAAAACCCAUCUGUCAAGUGUGUGGGCCUGACUGGCACGCUUUGCCCCAAAGAUGAGCGGGCUCUGCUCCAACAGCUGGAUUGCACGGAGGACGCUUCGUGCCAGAUCUUUUGUAUGCCAACCAUGCGAACCGAUCUUUGGCUAGGGGUGCAACAAGGAUCAACAAAGGCAUUUGAGACGUUUGUGAAACACCACUACGGCCUGCUGGAGCGAGGGGGCCGCGUGGAUUGCAUGCUGAUUUUUUGUGACACGAAGAAGCAGAGUCUGGUCUUGGUGGCCACAAGCUGCUUGGGCGCGGGCUUGGACAUGCCCAACGUCCGGAAGGUGAUCUGGUUUGGCAGCGGCUACAACGGCUACACCUUGUCGCAGGCCUUUGGCCGGGCUGGCCGCGACCGACGGGGUGGCGAGGCCACGCUAUGGAUACCACCAGGCACAGCGGUUUCGGAAGACCUGCAGCCAUUUGCAAGCAUGAAGCGCUGCCUGACACUUUGA